AUGUCUACCCCCAUCUACCUUAACGGCGAACUCUGCCACGCCGCCAAGGCCCUCGACUCGAAGCCUCCGACUCCCCAGUGCUCUAUCUGCCUCCGCUGGGGUCAUCGGACCCACCUGUGCCGCUCAAUGACGAAGAGGUGUUGGAAGUGCGGCGGCGCACAUGAUGAACGGGACCAUGCGAAGACCUGUGGUCCUUGUGAGAGGGCUGGGAACACGACGGGUACGUGCCCAUGUGAACCCUUCUGCAUAAACUGCCAGGGCCGUCAUCGUGCAGAUGCGAAGGACUGCUCUUUCUAUGCUCAUCGCAGAGACCCGGAAUGGAUCCGGGAGCACACUGCACUGCUCCGCCCCCGCCUGGAGUAG